AUGGGUAUUAUUAAUUCGACAGCAAAAUAUAAUGAUUCGAAUACAUCUAACAUAAAAUGCAAUUAUCGAUUUCCAACAAUUUGUAAUGCUCGAUCAUCAGUAUUAUUAUGUAAGAGAAAAACUAAUUAUAUUGACUUUUGUGAAUUUUACAAUAAGCAACGUUUGUGUAUGAAAAAAAAAGUUCUUAUUUUGGGUUUGGAUGGAGUAGGCAAAACAGAUUUAUUUACUCGAUUAACAUGUGAUACUAGACAAUCAUCAAAGCUCAAAUCUCUUCCUCAACCAACAAUCGGAUACAAUGUUGAAACAAUAAAACUUCAUAGUCGUCAUUUCUGCCAUCGCCGUUGUCACAAAAUUACAUUAUGGGAUUGUGGUGGUCAAUCUUCUCUUCGAUCAUUAUGGUCUUAUCAUUUUUCAAAUACUUCUCUUCUUCUUUGGUUAAUUAAUGCAAAUGAUCGUUCAAGAUUAGAUACUAAUCUUCAUUUACUUUCACAAAUCCUUACAAAUCGAUUACUUUAUCGAGUUCCAGUUCUUAUUGUUGUAUAUCAUAAUGUUUUUGGUUCACAAGAUGAUAAAAUAUUCGACAAAAAUAAUAAUGAAAAUUUAUUAACUAACCUAGAAGUAGCUUUUCAUUUCUUAACUACACUUACAACUUCUCGUGCUAGUACAUUCAAAUGGCAAGUUAUUAGUGUCAAUUUGAAUGAUAAUUCUGAUGAAGAUCUUAAAAAAAUUCGACAAUCGUUUAAAGAACUGAUGGAAUUAUAA